UCCGCGCUACUUAUAAGCAUAACCCCAUAGCAACAGUAUUAAAUCCUUCCAAAAAUUACGUAAGAGGAUCUCCUUUCGAGGCUGGGCCCAGCUGUCAUCGGCGCGACGUGUAACCGUGGAGCAGCAGUUUUAAAUCCCUCCAAAAAUUAAACCAGAAAUAAUAUAUAAAAUCUGCCUCCCCCUCCCCGUCCCAACCAGACCACUUCACUCCCCUCAUCUUCAUCCCCUCUUCCUCUUCCAGUAGAUCUCUUGUGGUCGCCGUCUCCAGCCAGGCGGCUGGCACUCGGGGCAGCGGUGGAGGUGGGGGCGGAGGGCGGCGGCGAUGUACAAGAACCAGCUGCAGGAGCUGGCGCAGCGGAGCUGCUUCAACCUGCCGGCGUACACGUGCCUGCGGGAGGGGCCCGACCACGCGCCGCGGUUCAAGGCGGCGGUGAACUUCAACGGGGAGCAGUUCGAGAGCCCAGGGUUCUGCACCACGCUGCGCCAGGCCGAGCACGCCGCCGCCGAGGUCGCGCUCGCCGCGCUCGCUUGCCGCGGCCCGUCCUACUCGCUCGCCGCGCGCAUCCUGGAUGAAACAGGGGUUUAUAAGAACCUUCUACAGGAAGUAGCUCAGAGAGUUGGAGCACCGUUGCCUUCAUACACAACGGAGCGAUCUGGCCUUGGCCACCUGCCGGUUUUUACAUGCACAGUAGAGCUAGCUGGUAUCACAUUUACAGGUGAUCCUGCUAAGAAUAAGAAACAGGCUGAAAAAAAUGCUGCUUCAGCAGCGUGGUCUUCACUGAAACAAUUGGUACGUCAGGAAGCAAAUUCAUCAAAUGAACUAGAGAACAAUGACGAGCAGGAGCAGAUCAGGAUUGCCCGAGCUCUUCUCAACUAUCGCUUGAAGGAGAAGAUGGCAAUGGCCAAUUAUCCCCAUGCUUCGCCAUUCCCCAAGAAAUUUCCAAUGCAGCCAGAGAGGAAGCCUUCUUUCGCCCAAUCUUCCCAGUCUAGCUACUCAAAGAUCCUUCCUCUAUUCCGUCCUAAAUCUAAUUCAAGAUUCAGAUCAGAGUCACCAGCAUCGACUGAUGGAGUAUCUCAAUCACCUGCAUGGACCAUUGAAAGCCUUAAUCCAAGGUCAAGGUUUCCAGCAGCAGAGGCAGCUCCUUAUGUCCCAGUUGGGCACUAUCGUAUACCUUGCCAUAGCAUGGCUCCUUCAGUUACAAUCAGGACCGCUGUUCCUGUGUUCUCUGCUCCACCUCUCCCACCUCCGGCUGCAUGCACGCAGCAGCUUCCUCCUCUCAUGAGCCAUACUCCACCGAUUCGGAUGGCAUCCCCUGUUCGCAUCAGGCCAGCUUCCGGCCCGAUGUUUGCUCCUUCAGCUCCAGUUCAAGGGCCGAAACCUGUGAUCCCUGUUGAGCUAAAGGAUGUGCAACAGCGAACAUUAAAGGAAUCGGUUUCACCUGUGAUCCCUGUUCAGGUAAAGGAUGUGCAGUACCAACCAAUGAAGGAAUCAAUGUCUCCUAUGAUUUCUGUUCAGGUAAAGGAUGCACAACGCCAACCACUUACGGGAUCGCUGUCACCUGUGAUCCCCAUCCAGAUGAAGGAUGUGCAGUCCCAAUCACUGAAGGAAACACCCUCUCUUGGUAAGGGCGCACCACUGGCAGCUCCAUUUCCAGCAACUAGGCCUCUGGUUAAGAUCGAGGGGCCAGCUCAAGCCAAGGAAGCUUCGAAACUAGUUACCAGUGAAGUGUCAGGUUCUGCUGCUGGCAAUACUGCUGCUGUGGAAUGCACUACAGCAUCGGACUUUCUCCCAACAAGGCAAUUGAGGGCUGGUGAUGCCGACGAUGGUAAAGCGGAAGCUGAGCACGAAGCUGAGGCUCAAGCCGUGGCGGAGGCGGCCAUCAGGCAGCUGGAUAUCAAUUGACUUGAGAAAAUGCGCAUCACCAGCUUCUCCCAGAUUUUGUAAUUAGCUGCCUCCUGUGCACAUUCGUUUCUGUUUAGUUUUCCUAUGUCUUGGUUCGGGUUAGGGCUCGCUGGGCAAGCUACAUUCUGGUAUGUUAGGGACACCUAGCUUUCUGUUGAGAGGAAAACAAAAAACAUGUAGUGGUAGGCAGUCUGCCCAGUGUUUGGUUGGAGACGGUUAUACUUCCCUGGAUAUGCAGUUGGUCUGCUUUUACCCCAAUGAUGAGGUUGGUUGUGAGGUGCCUCUAGGGAAGGGUUAUGAGGUGGCAGUUACAACUAAAUUUCGUUAUCAUUGUCGAUCCGCCAUCAUCAAAUUCUGCUUUAUUUGUAUUAUGUCAUGCAAUUGAUGGCGAGUGAUCUGGUUUUA